GUCGUAUAAGGUGUUCUUAGAAACACGGCAGGUCGUAUAGCCCUCUUUUAAGUUACUUGGCCGAAACGACGUAGUUCUGUCCAGGGUUUAAAAACUGAAAAUACAUUUUUGUUUCUUCUUCUUCUUCUCGGGCAUAUCAAUCAGUCUCGCGCCGCCGUCGCUUGCCCUGGUUGCCCAAUCUCUGGUGGGAAAUAAAGAAACCGGUGGAGGGAAAUCCCGGCGGCUGGAUGGCCGACAACUGCCCACUUUUGGCAUAACGUGCGUCCGCCCUUGCCACCAUCUGCUUCUUGAGUAAAUCAUUGGCGAUGACGAAGGUGCAGCAGUAAACCGAGUUCCGGCACACAAUGAUCUGUAAAUCCUGCCCGGUUCCGAUACAUUCCGAAAUUUCGGCACCGCGUUGCUCUUCCACUCAAACCGGUGGCCUCUCUAAAACGUACCAUUGAACGCGAAGGAUCGCAAGCAAAUGUUUCGCGCCAGAGAAAUCUUGGUCCGGCUCCCUAAACGUUUAAAACCCACAACAAUCUUACAACCAAGGAGAACAUUUUGCUCCAAAUCCGCUAAAAAUGCCAACAAUACUAACGCCGAGGAGACGAGUGUGAGUUCGUACCAGGAGCAGUAUAAGCAGCUGGAGAAGCUCGACUUCAUGACCGCCACCAAAAUGCUCUUCACUGCUCCGCCUUCGAAAAAGAAAUUUGGGCUCGAUUUCCAUUUGGUACAACUGUUCUUUUGUUGCAUGCCUUCCUUGGCUGUGUAUCUGGUGGCUCAGUAUGCUCGCUAUGAAAUUAGAAGAAUGGAAGCGGAACAGGAGAUGAAAAAGAAGAAAGAAGAAGAAACGAAAGCAAAAGAAAUAGAAGUAAAUGCUACCGAAGAAAAAGAAGCAGGAUCUGUUCCAGAGCUUUUGGAGGUAAAAGUGAGACUAGAUAAACUUGAAGAAGCACUGAAGGAAAUAGUGGUUGAAUCGAAGAAGCAAACUGCCAGCGGGUUAACGAAAGAUCAGGAAGUAGGUAGUGAGAAGAAAGAUGGUGUAAAACAGGCAACUGACACUAGUAGUUCAGACUCCAGCAAGCCUUCUGAGAAAGAUCACCUUAGUAAACAGGAUUCUGGAGAAUCAAGACCGGCCCUCGGCAAAGAGAGAGUAAAUGGUCAGCACCCGGUUCGUAAUGCUUCCUUGAAGGAUCAGCUGGACAAAACCGAAGAUGGAGGGGCUUCUCAAGAUGCUAAAAGAUGAAGUCGUCGGUUACUUAUUGUCUACAGUUUUGGUUAGCUUAGCAUAGGCAACAGGGAACGCGUCAUUUGAACAGGUUAAGUUGAUUUAUAGGUGGGAGUACGUUGCGAAUUCGAUGUUCUUUUCUUCAUCUAACUUUCUUCUUGCAAAAUGAAAUAAUACUUAAUUGUAGAGCUUUUUUCCCAGAAAUGAUUAGUGGGAACAUCUUGGAGACUAGACUUUCGUUGAACGAUAUGUUGCCUAUGAAUUGAUGGUUAUUUUCCAGUUUGCUGGUUACGAUACAAGUUACACA